AUGGUGUAUCGGAUAACACUAGCCGUCGCCAUUGCCGGCCUGCUGGCCCAAGGCGCGUCGGGGCUGUACGCCGAUGAGGUCGGCAAGCUAGACUGGCACCGGCAAAACCUUGGGCGGUUCGCAUCGGCGGCGUUCGACGGGCGGGGUGGUAUCACUGUCGUUGGGGAGGCGUCAACAAUAUCCUCCAUAAACUCCCGAACGGGAGACCUCGGGUGGCGCCAAGUCCUCUCUCCACAGGACACCAUCCUCGCAACAUCACUACCCCCCCACACCCACAGCUCCAGCAACGCGGGCACGGCGACGGUCUCCUCCGGCGGCCGCGUCGUCCGCCUGUGGUCUCCCUCCGACGGCAGCAUGAUAUGGGAGACUUUUCUCGGCCGCGGGGGGGGGGACCCCCCCUCGACGGAGCAGACGGAGGCGGAGGCGCCGCCAGCGGAGAGCAGCGCGGCGGGCGUGGUCUCGACGGAGGGGGGCUACGUGGUGGUGCUGAGCGCCGGGGGUAUUCACGUCCUGUCGGCCAGCUCCGGGGCGGUGCUCGGACAGUGGUGGUGCCAGCCGGCGCGGGAGCCGGACCUGGCGGCCGUGGUUGGCCUUGAUGUUCAGGUGGCGUUCACGUCGCUUCGCUUGGCGGCGGGCGGCGGCGGCGGGCUGCUGGCAGGCGGCUGGAGCAAGAAGAAAGGAUCGUCGGAGGCUGAUGCCUUCGUGGUGGCGGAGAUCAACCCCUCCGAGCGCCUGGUUACCUACAAGGCUGCCACGGUGAGUGGCAUGGGCGUUGAUCCAUCCGCAGGGGUCUCGCUGGCCCACACCCACGGGGGCUGUGGCGCUGGCGGCGGCGGCAGCAGCAGCAGCAACAGCGGCGACAAGAAGGGACUCGCCGUUGUAGGCGUCUCCCGCGACGGGUCCUCUCUCGCCGUCUUCCCCGCAGCUUCCGACCCCCCCCUUGCCUCGCGGACGCCCCUGCCGACGGACCUGCGCGGCGCAACCGGUGCCGUUUCGGGAGUGGCCGAGCUCGCGGGGACCGACGGGGGGGUCCUCGAGCUCCGGCGAGGGGACGGGGGCUCCGUGGCGGUGUCGUUGUCGAGCGGCAAGGGCGACAAGACCUGUGCCGUUUCGGGCCUUGAUGGCGCGAGGGAGGCGAGGUCGUGCGCCGCGGGGGGGGGCGGGUGUGCGCUUGCUGGAGGCGUGUCUGCGUCGGGGAAGACUUUCGUGGCGUCGGCGUCCAUGCUGCAAGGAGGCCCGGUCGACAAGGUGAUCGUGAGCGUGGCAGAAGUUACCGCCUUUGGCGACUUCACGGCGGCGUUGGUAGACUCUUUCGAGACCUCGUCGCCCGGGCUCGGAGGAGCCGCGUCGGGACGGAUCGAGGGGGCGUUCUUGGAGGCCGGGGAGCAGGGGUUCCGGGUGUUGGUCGUGAGCGAGGAUGAUUCCGCUCAGAUGGUGGGCAGGGGUGGGGUGGAGUGGGUACGGGAGGAAGCGCUGGCCGCGGCAGACCAGGUGGUCUUCGUGGACUCGUCGAAGGAUGAGCUGGCUAUUCUCGCCGCGUCUGUCGGGGAGGAGGUUGACCACGACGUGCCGGGCUGGAGGGAGAGGCUGCGCCUUGAUCGCCUAGAGCUGACGAGCUUGGUGGGCAGGUCUCUCUACGCCGCAACGGGCCUCCGGCUACCGGGGUCUGAACUGCUGGACUCCGCCGACGCCUCGCACUCCGCCUUCGGGCUGAAGAAGCUGGCCGUCUGCACCACUGCCGCCGGCAAGAUCUACGCCCUCGACAUGGCCGACGGCUCGGUUACGUGGUCCCUAUUCCGCCCCUCCUGGAUGCCCUCGGGCGCCAAGGUUCUCCUUCACGCCACACGAAGCAAGGGUGCCCUGGGCUACAGUCCCGAGGUGGCCGUGAUCGCCGUGGGGGAGGCCAAGACCGUAGUUUCGGGACUCGACGCGCUCACCGGCCUGGAGACCUACCGCGAGGAGCUGGACCUGAAGGUGGAUUCUGCGGUGCCCCUGGGCGUGAAGGACGGCCAGGAGCGGAACAUCAUCAUGCUGGUCGACAGCCACAGGCAGGUUCACGCGGUGCCCCGUUCAGCGGAGGCCUCGAGUGCUCUCCGAGGCCUCCUGCCACAACUCUUCUACCACAGCCUUUCGGAGACCGGUCUGGAGAGCUUCAGUGUGGUGCCAAGCGCUACUGGGGGUGAUAGCGACAAGGAUGAAGGCCCGCUUGGUUCGGCGACGGUGGCAUCCGUACCCUUCAACCCUACACGGUCUAAGGUUGUCGCUACGGCAUACCCCGACGGAAGGGAUGGGGUGCAGACGCCGGCGCACACCCUAGGGGAUGACUCUCUGCUGAUCAAGUACAUCAACCCCAGGCUGUUCGCCUUCGCCACGCUCUGCCCAGAGGAGGCGGAGUCGGAAGAGUGGGCCGGGGGCGAUGCGGGGCAGUUGAACGGCAAAGGCCAGGAGCUCACGGUGACCCUAGUGGACUACGUCUCUGGCCGAGUGCUCCACCGCAUCUCCCACAAGGGUGCGGCCGAGCCAGUGCACAUGCAGGUGUCCGAGUCUUGGGUGGUGUACUCAUACUGGAGCGCGGUGUCUCACCGCACCGAGAUGUCGACCCUGAGUCUAUACGAAGGGAUGAUCGACAAGUACGGCCUCAGCCCGUUCAACAGGCCGGAGUGGAAGGAGGAAUUCUCGUCGUUCGAGUCCAGAGUGCCGAUCGUGCUCCAGAAGACGUUCAUCUUCCCGCUGCCGGUGACCGCGUUGGGUAUCACCCUUACCCAGUACGGCAUUACCUCGAAGAACAUUCUCGUGGGGACGGCAAUCGGUCAGGUGGUGUCACUGGACCGGAGAUUUUUGGAUCCGAGGAGGCCCCAAGAAGAGCCGACCAAGACAGAAAAGGAGGAGAAACUUAUCCAGUACCAGCCAUACCUCCCGGUGGUCCCAACCCAGGUCCUUUCCUACCACAAGGUUAUCGAGCGCGUAGACCGAGUCCUCACCGAGCCGACCGGGCUGGAAUCUACCUCUCUUGUCUUGGCGCUGGGCCUCGACAUUUUCGGGGCUCGCGUGGCGCCAUCGAAGACGUACGACAUGCUUGACCCCAACUUCAACUACGCCCUGCUCGCGCUGGUGCUCGGAGCUAUGGCCACCGCCGUAGGAGUAGCGAAUAGGCUGGCAGCGCACAAGCGGCUAUCGGAACAGUGGGCAUAGGGGGCGGGGGGUACGGUGUGUGUGCUGGUAUUUGUUUUUGCUGGGUUUUGGCGUGAUAUCUGUUUUGGCGUAACUAGAAUAUGGGUCUCGUCUAGGCAACGUGUUUUGUGUUGUCGUUGUUGGUCGCAUGGUGGAGCUGAGUAUCAGAAAACAGUCUGCCAUGCCCCCGUGUCGUUCUUUUUCUGCUCUUCGUUGUGAGCCUCGUGCAACGGUUUUGGUUCUGGUUCUGUUUAGUAUCCCAGGAGCGAGGGCUUAGGACAAGGGAGGCGUUCAGCAGGAUUGUUUGUAGCUUUCAGCGAGAGAUGGAGAAGUUAUCAGCCACGUUGUCUUCCGCUCUAUUCAGGUAGUGGACAAGGUAGCCGAAGAGGUGGGCUGUCAGGAGUCCGGGAAGUGUGAGGCUCAAUCGAACGCAGAGAACUCAGAG